AUGCCCAAACAUAGACAUUUUCAACCAAAGAAAGUAACCGAAGAAUUAGAUUGGGUAUUUUACUUACAUAAAUCACAUUUCUGUCUCAUUAGAAGAAAUAACAAAACCUUAGGUAUUACAGAAAUAGAAGAUAAUUACGACGAAAACGUAUGGAGAACUUGUAGAGAUGAUAAAACGGUAACGCAAGUUUCACCUCUAAAACUAAACGUUUUUCCAACCAUUCACGAUGAUUGUUUAUACGCAUGGGAUUGCGAAACCUACAACGAAAAUAAAGCCAUACCUUAUUCUUGCACGUUAAUUAAUUUAGAAAAACUCAGAAAAAUGUUAAACAGAAUAAAUAAUCUCUUUCCAGAUUUAAAGCCGACAGAUCCCAUUCCAGAAGAAUUUUACAACAAACUCAUGACUAAUAUAGUAGAAAUAUUUGUAGGUACAGAUUGCAUCGAUCAAAUGUUACAACGUUUAGGAAAAAUAGACCAGAAGAGAAUAACAUUAAUUGCUCAUAACGCUAGCGGUUUUGAUAACUGGAUCAUGAUCAAAAAACAUUUACAGAAAAAAUGGAAAAGACAGAAAGAAAUAAAGGGUAACUCUAAUUAUUUGCAAAAUAUUAAUUUCAUAUGUUCCUAUCAACACGAAUCAUCUAGUUUGGCAGCAUGGGGAAAUUCAUCUAAUCUACCAAUGAAUUUGAGAAAGAUCGAAGAUGUUAAUUUUGCAAAAUACACUAAAGAUAAUUGGGAAUCUUUAAGACACGAAUGGGAACCUUACGCUCAAAGAGAUACGUUAUGUCUCGGAGCUUGUUUGAUAAAAUACAAUCAAGCAAUGAAAAAAACUGUCUUCCAAAACGUUUCCAAUAAUCUAACGGCUCUUUCUUUAUCUUUAAAGGGUUGGUAUUAUUUAUAUCAUUACAAUAAAGAAAUGGUUGAAGAAGAAUGGUAUGAAACUACUAGAAUGGUUCCGAAACACAACGAAAAAGAAAACGUAGAAAAAGUUUACUCACAUACUCAUCCUUUUAUAAGAUAUUUUAUCAGACAAAGUAUUAAAGGAGGAAGAGUUUCGGCAAAUCGAAAAUCAUUUGAAACGGAUAAAAUGAAUGAGAUCUGCGCUAUAUUAAAAGAAUACAAUGAAAGUGACACUUAA